AAUGUUUAAUCUCUUUAUCCUUCUUCAUAGGACCUUGGCAUGUACAUUUGCCACUCCUUCAUGGAUUCCCUUUCUCUUCUCCUCUCUUAUCCACUCUUCACCAAAACCCACCCCAAAACCCAAAAACUCUUCACCACCAAACCUUUCUCUCUUCUCUCAAACCACAAUCCACACCACUCUUCAAUCCCAUCUUCUUCAUCCACCACCAAAAUAACCCCAAUUUCUCAUUCUCCUAUCCCACUUCAAAACCACUUCAAAAAAUCAUGUUUUUCACUUGCUAUAAUUGAUUUCUUCACUCCAUUUCAAUCCCUUGCUGUUGAAUCCACUUCAGCACCAAUUUUAGCUGAAUCAGAUGCAGGAAGAAUCAACUUAGAAACAAUUCUUGUUUCCAUUGAUGAUUUUUUCAACAGAUACCCAUUUUUUGUUGCUGCUUGUAGCUUCAUUUACCUUGUUGGUAUUCCUUUAGCAGAAGAGUAUUUCAGGAAAUAUAAGUUUGUUUCAGCCAUUGAUGCUUUCAGGAAACUUCGUGAUGAUGCUGAUUCUCAGCUGUUGGAUAUAAGGGAUAGGAAGAAUGUGAAGUUUCUUGGGUCUCCUAAUUUGAAGAUGUUGAAGAAGGAAGUUGUGCAGGUUGAGUUUGUUGAGGGAAAUGAAGAUGGGUUUGUUAAGAAAGUUUUGGAGAGAUUUAAGGAUGCUUCAAAUACUGUUGUCUGUGUUUUGGACAGUUUUGACGGUAAUUCCAUGAAAGUUGCUGAAUUAUUAUUCAAGAAUGGUUUCAAAGAAGCUUAUGCAAUCAAAGGUGGAGUUAGAGGCCAGCAAGGAUGGAUGGCUAUACAGGAUACCCUUUUGCCUCCUUCUGUGCAUAUAAUCCGAAGGAAAAAGAGUAAAGCGCCACAACAGCUCAGUACAAACGGUAAUGGGGCCAUUCAGCAAAAUGAUGAUAGUAAUAACGAGAGUGCAUCAUCCUCUGAUAUCCCUGCAGCUGGAAACCAAGAGACAGAAAAUUGUCAUAUGAAAAGGUCUGUAGAGUCGAAUCCGGAAGUGAAAAUCAGUUCGGUGGUUUCCUCUUCUCCCUAUCCCAAUUACCCAGAUUUGAAGCCGCCGUCAUCUCCAACUCCAUCAAAGCCACAAUAAUGAUGUUAGCAAUACCAUACUCAACUGGCAUCUUCAGGGAAGAAAUGAUUUUCUGCAAAGACAAUAUGAUUCUGCAACUGUUUUAAUUCGGAAUUUUACAAUUAUUCGUUCUCUACUUCUUGUUGAGUUUUAGAAAUAGUGUAAAGCAUCUUUACAAACAAUAAUCCGGUUCCGGAUUUUUAAGAGUGAUUAAUUAAUUGCUACAGAAUCUUAGCAACAAUGAGAAGUGAAGUACUAGUUGUGUAAUUGUUAAUACUUGGGAGAUUGGUAAAAAAAAAAGUGAAGAAAAAGAUAAGGUAACAAUUGGAGCCCUUAGGAGUUGAAUUUUCAUCAGGAUAAAUAUAAAGGAAAUUGGACAUUCAUGUUACAUAUUUAUAAUCUAUAAGAGAAGCACAUUGGAGGAACAUGAACUUAACAA